CCCGCAGCCGGCGGCGGACUCGGACCGACACCGACCCCACAUCCCGCCCCGGAGCGGCCUCGCCCGGCCCCGCCAUGGAGCUCGAGGAGGACUUGGAUAUGCUCGAUCCAGAGAGGUUAAUCCAGUGCCCGUUGGUCAAACACCAUCUGAUCAGAGCACGGCGCUUUCCCUAUCACCUGGUGAAGUGUAAGGAGAGCAACCCUGAAAUUGCAAAGAAAUUGGCCACGUGUCCCUUCAAUGCUCGUCACCUGGUUCCUCAGGCUGACCUCAGCGACCACAUCAUGAAGUGCAAUGACAAAGCCUUCGUGGAGCAGGAUGUGGUGAGCCGGUCCUGUGAGCCCCCUCAGGAGCAGCUGAAUAAUGGGGGCACAUGGCAGGCACCCCCAUGUGCUGAAGACUGGGAAACAGAGUUGCUGGAGGGAUCUGAGUCUACUUUUGUGUGGGGAGUGAUCAACUCUGCCAUAAACAGCACCAUCAGUGAGCAGAACAACUCGUUGCCCUCAUGGAUGCGGCCCCCUGAGACCCUCCCGUUCACGGUGUCUGCAGGGCUAAUUCGAAGUAUCAAUUCCUCCCCCUGGAACUUGGUUUUGCCCCAGCAGUAAGUGUCUCCUUGAUUUGGACAGGAGAGCUCCUGCAGAUGACAGACAUGCUCUGGCCCUGAUGGCAGGACUCUCUACACUGGGCUUUUGUUGCAUAAUGUGUUUCGUGCAACAUUUCAAUAUGGGGAACUGUCCUUGUUUGCCAGAUGUUUCCCCCAGGUACUUGUUUUUAAAGUUACCCUCAUCUUUACUUGACGAGUAUUGUUACUGUUCUUGAAGAAAUAGUCUUGAAGAAAUAAACAGACUCAGAAACCUUCCCUGGGUCAUGAUAACUCCCUGUGAACAGGAAAACAUCGGAAUUGGCAAGCCUCUGUUUUGUCUAACAGGGAAUCAUCUGUGAGACUCCUCUGUGUGCUCCAAAGAUUGGGAAACAGUAUCAGAAGGGUUUUAAAGAGUGGGGACUGAGAGAGUGAUUUUAAGCAGAGGAGGUAGGAUCUGCUUAGGUUCCUAAUUAGAGGAGUGACAGUGGGACACAGAACAGUUUGGCAGGCUGAAAAUAUCCCCCAGAGUGUUGUCCCUUGGCUUAAUACUUUAAAACCUGUGUGCACUUGGAGCUGGAUGCUCCUGGUCACUGCCAACUGCAAACAGGGAUGCAGCAAUGGGAGGGGGAUUGUCCUGCAGGAAUGGCAGAUUUGGGAGAAUUCAGGCCUGGCAUAGCAGCAGCUGCUACAGUCCCAUUUCAGUGGAAGUCAGGACCCAACAGUAACUUCCAGGAAUUUCUGCCCUAUGCCUUAAACAUCUUUCUGUUCUCAGGAAGCCUGGAGGGAUUAUGUGGAACUCCUGCUAGACAUUUUAACGUGGGAAAUCCUGACAGGAUUCUGACAGGAUUCUCCUGACAUUUGGGAGAAGUUUUGGCUGUUUGCUGGGGAGCUGCAGCAAACUCCCUGCAACUGAGGCUCCAGAAUUCAUGUCCUUACAAAGCAAAAACUAUCUUCCUUUUUAGGGGCUGAGAUUAAAAUCAUUGGGAGCAGCCAAACUUAGAAGUAUUUCUUCUGUCCAUGCACGUUUUGUUUUUAUCUUGUUGGAGUCUGAGUUUGUCCACUCAGUGUAUGGCAAAUGUUCAGGUUGGAUUUUAAACCGUGUUGUCAUUUGCAGAGACUGUUUUGAGAGCAUCCUGACCUUAACUUUUGCACCUUCACACUUUCAGCCUUGCCUUUGUCACCUUUGUCUCCUGUGUGUGAGGGGCUUCCCCAGGCAGACCUUAAGAGAGAAUCCCUCUGCAAGUUCCUUGCAUCAUCACACACAAUUCCAAACAGGGGAAGUUUCAGGAGGACACUGAGGUGCUUUUCCAGUUUCCAUUAGAGUUUUGCAGUUUUCUAAGGCUUAAAACAUGUUAGAGAGCUCUCAGGUACCUGUUCUGUAUUGGGGGAGGGGAGGGAGUAGGAAUGGUUUAAAUCA